CACGUGAUAGUAAACAAACAUCACAACAUAUAUGUAUAGAAUUCUAUGCUGCAGUCUGGGCGCCUUUUUUAACCAAGAACACCAAGAAUUACAUUUCUAUAUAUUCGAAGUCGUUUUUUUACCAUACUGGUUUGAAAUGGAAUCUGAGCAAACAUUAUUGAAGCAGCUGAAAAAUCGUUUCGGUUAUGAACGAUUCAUGAAUGCUGAUCAAGAUAAAGCCACCAGAGAAGUUUUUAAAGGCAAAAACGAUGUGCUCAUUAAUCUGCAACCCGGUACUGGUAAAUCAAUUUGCUUCCAAUUACCAGCAAUUAUUGAACAGAAUGCCGUCACAGUCGUUUAUGUACCCACAGACGCAAUUGGUGAGAAUCAUGUAGAUUUGUUGAAAAAGAAGAAAAUCAAUGCGGAAUAUCUUUGUGCACGGUCACAUAAAAAACUCAGUUCAACUGUUUUGAAAGAUUUCCCAUGUCAGACGACAGAGUUGAAUUUUCUUUACGUAUCUACCGAUAAGUCCAUUGCUCGAUAUAUUCAGAGAUUACUAUCGAAGCUAAUAAAAAACAAUGCUCUGGCAUUCCUGGUGUUCGAAGAAGCUCAUUGCAUCAGCAGCUCAAGCCAUGAUUACCGGCCUGCUUAUAAGGAAACUACAAAUAAAAUUACUUCGAAGUUUCCAAAAAUUCGAAAAAUCGCUCUCACAGGAACGGCUACGCGUGAGAUAAUAGAAAAUAUAAUUCACACACUGGGUAUGAAAAACGUGGAAAUAGUACGUUCAACGAUCACUUUUCCAGUCUGUCAGGACAUUCGCUUCAUCGACAUUAUAGAAAAUCCUAUAGAAGAUUUGAAAAUCUUCAUCAACAAAUGUAUGCAUGGAGUGACAAACGAACCUACAAAUUAUGCUCCAAUUAGCGGCAUCAUAUUUUGCAGAAAGAAAGAUGCACUGAGGAAACUUGAAAGGGAAUUACGUGCUCUGGGAACUCCGAUUGUAUCGUAUCAUGGGGAUUUGUCGUUGAAGGAUCGAAGAACAGUACGGGAAAGAUGGAUAGCCGGCGAAAUUCCAGUAAUCGUGACUACACAAAAAUUUGGAUUUGGUUUUGAAGGACCGAACGUGAGAUUCGUCGUGCACUGGGGUAUGCCUCUGAGUAUCCAGCAAUUUUGUCAACAAGCGGGGAAAUGCGUUCAGGAUGGACUGAGAACUUCGAGCAGAAUAUAUUUCAGUAUCGAGGAAUCCGACAACAUCAAAAUGUACAUUAAAUCGCUCCGAAUUACGCGGGGCCAACAUUUCGAUCCCGUGGCACUGAAGAUUCGAUUCGAUCAAUUUAUCGAUUUCUGUUUCGAACGGAAAUGUCGCGCUACAGUCUUAAUGUCAUAUUUUGAUCACAAAGCUUCCCAGCGCUGUUUGACCUGCGAGGCUUGUUGCGAUCCCAGAGGCUUGGAGAACCGAAUCGAAGAAUUUUCGAAAUUCUAUCUGGAAAUGCGAAGAAAAAUGAUUCGUAAGCUUAAGUGCAAACAAAUUCGAGAACGGUGGGCUGCAUCUUCGAAAUGGUCAAACUCCAACAAUCCUCCGGACACAUCUUUGGAAAACUCUUUGGGAAAUUUUUUCGAAGGUCCAAUUGUUUUUGGGAUAGUCUCAAAGCAACGAGAGUGUAGUUACAAUCAACUGCUCCGGGAACUCGACAAAAAUUACAGAAAAUACCAGUCGCAACUGAGGAACAAUAUUAAGAGCAACACUGUUUCGGAGAUAGCUCGUUCAUUGGAAUUCUCUAUAUUCAUGGGAGCUAAAAACCGCGCAAAGUACACUCACGAUAUUGUUCUCAUGAUUCAAUACAUUCGAAGGUGUCGCGAGCCUUGCGGUCACUUGAUGUAUCACGAAGAGGUGGAGACUUUCGGACGCCAGGAGAGUCCAGAGAUCAUAGAACUGAUGGACAGUGACAGCAGUACUGAAACAAUAUAAGCUGCGUCGAUGUUUUACCAAACUAUUUGAAGAAAACUCUCUUCUAUUAACUUUCCAAGAGUAAAGUAACCUGAAAGGUGCAAAAAAUACUAUAUUUUUCAAUUUUCACGCUUUGUAAAUUGCGGCACUCUUGUUCCGCAUUUCGUGUAUUAUAAUUUUGUUAAAAUCGAGCAACGAAAGCAGGCAACAUAUUGCUUAGUCGGUCAGACAAAUAAUAUACGAAAAUUCAAAUAUUCAUAGUCGUCCAUCGCCGGUUAGCGAACGGGAAAUAGAAAACGUCAUAUUCGGACGACAAGACAUGGAGCUUUUAAAAACUAGGGAAGUCUAGAACGUAAAUGAGUUCAUGCGAGAAUAUUUUAUCAAUAUUUUGACUACGCAACAUCUGACCCCCAAAUAACCAGCUCCGAUCCUAAUUAUAAGUUUUCCAUGUAUGGAGGCAUCGAAACUUGAUCCUUGAUAAUGAAAGAUGAAUGCAUUGAAUAGUCGUGUAGUAUCCGCCAGAACAUUAGAGUGAAAAAAAAAUGUUGUUUGAUCUUAUUACUAGAAAAAAAAAAAACAAAGCAUAAAGUGGCUUCUGGAGCCUUUACACGAUCACAAACAUCGUUAUGGGAGUCAACAAAAGACCUUUUUCCCAUUGAAUUGCUGUUUCGUGUACAUGAACGUCAGAAUAUCUAUUAAAAAAAGCUAUUCCUGUCUACCAGAGGCCCGAAAAAAGCACAAAUUUUGAAUAUUUUUUGACGUUACUGGUAACAUUAUGAUUUUUGCAAAACACUUUGGUUGGAAUGAUACUUCGAGAAUGUCUUUUUAGCAGUUACAUAAAAGUGAAGAUUUUUUUCCAUGGCUUUCGUAGACUCGAGUUUCCUUUUGCGGUCACUUUGUUUAAAGCAAUUAUUUUACAAACAAACUAUUGUUAGCGAUCCGCAUUCAUUGUUAACGAGAAUAAUCCAUUUAUUUUCAAGAUUUCCUGCAGACCUUGGGUACUUAGUGAACUAUAAACUCCGAUUUCGUUUCUAAAACACGUGAAAAUCCGUGCCAGUCUGUUACUGAAAGAAAAACACGAAAAAAUGUCACUAAUUAUCAAUAAAAAUAAAAAAAUCUCAAUACUUCGACAA